UGCAGCAACCAAGGAUUUCUCCCCCCGCUUCAUGAGCACACACACCGAGUCCCGUGCAGAGCGGAGACCUGCCGGAGUUUUAGCCCAGAUUGGAGAAAGGACGUAGCGAGUAACCGUCAUGGCAGCGUCGGAGCUGUACACAAAGUGUGCUCGGGUGUGGAUUCCAGAUGCAGAGGAGGUGUGGAAGUCUGCUGAGCUCACCAAGGACUACAAAAAUGGCGACGCCUCCCUGCAGCUCAUGCUGGAGGAUGGAACGAACAUUGAGCACAAGCUGGACCCCAAGACGAAGAACCUGCCUUACCUGCGAAACCCAGACAUCCUGGUUGGCGAGAAUGACCUCACAGCGCUCAGCUACCUCCACGAGCCGGCCGUGCUGCACAACCUGAAAGUCCGCUUUAUCGACUCUAAGCUCAUCUACACUUACUGUGGAAUCGUUCUGGUGGCCAUCAACCCAUACGAGACGCUGCCAAUCUACGGGUCAGACAUCAUCAAUGCCUACAGCGGUCAGAACAUGGGAGACAUGGACCCACAUAUUUUUGCUGUGGCAGAGGAGGCUUACAAACAGAUGGCCAGGGACGAGAGGAACCAGUCGAUCAUUGUGAGCGGGGAGUCCGGAGCAGGAAAGACGGUAUCAGCCAAAUACGCCAUGAGAUACUUUGCUACGGUCAGCGGCUCCGCCAGUGAGGCCAACGUGGAGGAGAAAGUCUUGGCUUCCAACCCCAUCAUGGAGGCUAUUGGAAAUGCAAAAACCACCAGAAAUGACAACAGCAGUCGUUUCGGCAAAUACAUUGAGAUCGGCUUCGACAACCGCUACCGCAUCAUUGGUGCCAACAUGAGAACAUAUCUGCUGGAAAAAUCACGAGUGGUCUUUCAGGCGGAUGAGGAGAGGAAUUAUCAUAUCUUCUAUCAGCUCUGUGCAUCAUCCCAUCUGCCUGAGUUCAAGAAUCUGAAGCUGAGCAGUGCAAACAACUUCCUGUACACGAGGCAGGGCCGCAGCCCCGUUAUCGACGGUGUGGACGACACCAAGGAGCUCUGCACCACUCGCAAUGCCUUCACAUUGCUCGGCAUUAAUGAGUCCUAUCAGAUGGGGUUGUUCCAGGUUUUGGCUGCUAUUCUUCAUCUGGGAAACGUGGAAAUAAAGGACAGAGAUUCAGACAGCAGCCUCAUUCCUCCCAACAAUCGGCACCUGAUGGCGUUCUGCGAGCUAGUAGGCGUGACCUACCAGGACAUGUCUCAGUGGCUGUGCCAUAGGAAGCUGAAGACGGCCACAGAGACGUAUAUCAAACCCCUCCCUCGUCUGCAGGCCACCAACGCCCGUGACGCACUGUCCAAACAUAUCUACGCCAAGCUCUUCAACUGGAUAGUAGAGCACGUCAACAAGGCUCUGAUCACCAAUGUCAAACAGCACUCUUUCAUCGGGGUCCUCGACAUCUAUGGGUUUGAGACAUUUGAGAUCAACAGCUUUGAACAGUUCUGUAUCAACUACGCUAAUGAGAAACUCCAGCAGCAAUUCAACAUGCAUGUGUUCAAGCUGGAGCAGGAAGAGUACAUGAAGGAGCAGAUCCCCUGGACUCUGAUUGACUUCUACGACAAUCAGCCCUGCAUCAACCUCAUAGAAGCCAAGAUGGGAAUCCUGGACCUGUUGGACGAGGAGUGCAAAAUGCCCAAAGGUUCAGAUGAUUCUUGGGCUCAGAAACUGUACAACACCCAUCUGAAGACCUGCUCCCUCUUUGAGAAGCCACGCAUGUCCAACCGCGCCUUCAUCAUCCAACAUUUUGCUGACAAGGUCGAGUAUCAGUGUGAAGGUUUCCUGGAGAAGAACAAGGACACUGUGAAUGAAGAACAGAUCAAUGUGCUGAAGGCCAGCAAGUUUGACCUGCUAGUGGAGCUGUUCCACGAUGAGGAGAAAGCCACCACUCCCACUGGUCAGGUCCCAGGGACUGGGGGCCGGACCCGCCUCAGCAUCAAACCUGACAAGAGCCGAGAAAAAAGCAGCAAGGACCACAAGAAGACAGUCGGCUGCCAGUUUCGUAACUCUCUGCAAAUGCUGAUGGACACUUUGAAUGCAACCACUCCACAUUACGUCCGCUGCAUCAAACCCAAUGACUUUAAGAUGGCCUUCUCGUUUGAUCCUAAACGUGCAGUGCAGCAGCUCAGAGCCUGUGGUGUCCUGGAGACCAUCCGCAUCUCUGCUGCAGGUUUCCCAUCCAGAUGGACGUACCAGGAGUUCUUCAGUCGUUACAGAGUGCUGAUGAAGCAGAAGGACGUGCUUCCUGACAAAAAGUUGACCUGCAAAAACGUUCUGGAGAAACUGGUGCAGGACCAAGAUAAAUACCAGUUUGGUAAGACCAAGAUCUUCUUCAGGGCCGGUCAGGUUGCCUAUCUGGAGAAGUUAAGGGCAGACAAGUUGCGUGCUGCAUGUAUCCGCAUCCAGAAAACCAUCCGCUGCUGGCUGGCACGGAAGAAGUAUCUGCGAAAGCGCAGCGCUGCCAUCACCAUCCAGAGGUUCACCAGAGGAUACCAGGCUCGCUGCCUGGCCAAGUUCCUGCGUCGCACUCAGGCCGCCACCAUCAUCCAGAAGUACCAGAGGAUGUACGUGGAGAAGAAACGCUACAGGCAGAAGCAGGCUGCUGCACUGGCCAUGCAGACGAUCCUCAGAGCUUAUAUGGCCCGGCAGAAGUACCAGGCGCUGCUGCGGGAGCACAAGGCGGUGAUCAUUCAGAAACGCGUUCGUGGCUGGUUGGCUCGGUGCUGGUACAAGCGCUGCCUCGUCUCCAUCGUCUACCUGCAGUGCUGUAUCCGCAGGAUGAAGGCGAGGCGCGAGUUGAAGAAGCUGAAGAUCGAGGCUCGCUCAGUGGAGCACUUCAAGAAGCUCAACAAAGGCAUGGAGAACAAGAUCAUGCAACUGCAGAGGAAGAUCGACGAGCAGAGCAAGGAAAACCGGUCAAUCAACGAGAGGCUCGUUGGCCUGGAGAAUACCUACUCAGCAGAGAGCGAACGAAUGCGCAGCGAGCUGAGCCGACUGCGUGGGGUGGAGGAGGAGGCCAAGAACAAAACCAACCAGGUGACGUCGUUGCUGGAGGAACUGGAGCGGCUGAGGAAGGAGCUGAGUGCCACGCAGCAGGAGAAGAAGACCAUCGAGGACUGGGCGCAGAAAUACAGGGACGAAAUGGAGAAAAUGGUCUCGGAGCUGAAGGACCAGAAUGGCUUGCUGAAGAAAGAGAAGGACGACUUGAACAGGUUGAUUCAGGAACAGAGUCAGCAGAUGACAGAGAAAAUGGCGCGGGUGAUAGCAGAGGAAACUCAGCAGCUGGAGACAGAUCUGAACGAGGAGCGGUCUCGCUACCAGAAUCUCCUGACAGAACACCUUCGCCUCGAGGAGAAAUACGACGACCUGAAGGAGGAGAUGGCUCUUUCCUCGAAUGUCUCCAAGCCUGGUCACAGGAGAACAGAUUCCACUCACAGCAGCAACGAGUCAGAGUACACCUACAACUCAGAGUACGCCGAAUUGGAAGAAGGUUCCCGUACCACCGAAGAUGUGACACGAGGAAUCGACACCUCUCUGACCCUCAAGCUGCAGAAACGUCUCACAGAACUGGAGCAAGAAAAGCAGUCACUGCGCAACGAACUGGAAAACAAAGAGGAGCAGUUCCAGCGGGCUAGAGCCAGGGAUGAUGCAGAGUUUAAAAAGGCUCGUGGGGCAGAGCUGGAGUAUGAGUCGCUCAAGCGUCAGGAGCUGGAGUCAGAGAACAAGAAGCUUAGACAUGACUUGGCAGAGAUGAGGCAAAGCCUGCUGGGUGACGCAGCUACAGGCGCCGGUGCCCCAGGCUCCCCUGCUUACAAGGUGCUGCUGGAUCAGCUCAAUGCCUCCUGUGAGGAGCUGGAGGUUCGCAAGGAGGAGGUGCUGAUCCUGCGCUCCCAGCUGGUGAGCCAGAAGGAAGCCAUGCACCACAAGGAUGAGAAGGAGACCAUGACAGAGCCGUCUGUCUAUGUUGAGGAUGUGUCUAAACUGAAGGAUGCUGACGAACUCAAACAAGCUUACAUAGGCCUCAAAGACACCAACAGGUUACUGGAGCACCAGCUUCAGACUCAGCGUAGAAGUUACGACAGUGAGGUGGAGGCGUUGCGCGGCGAGCUGCAGAAUGUCAAGGAGGAGAACAAUCGUCAGCAGCAGCUCUUGGCCCAAAACCUCCAACUACCUCCAGAGGCCCGAAUCGAAGCCAGUCUGCAACACGAGAUCACCCGGCUCACGAACGAGAACCUGGAACUCAUGGCCGAGGACCCCACAGCAUCCAGAGAAGCUCGAGUCAUCAUUUUACGACGGAUGGUUGAUCUCAUGGAGCAGCUGGAGAAGCAGGACCGAACCAUCCGCAAGCUCAAGAAGCAGCUGAAGGUUUACUCCAAGAGGAUUGGGGAGAUGGGAGCGGGUCAAACCGAGGGCCAGACGUCUCCAGGACAGAUGGUGGACGAGCCGAUCCACCCCGUCAACAUUCCCCGCAGGGAGAAAGACUUCCAGGGAAUGCUGGAGUACAAGAAGGAGGAUGAGCUUAAACUGGUCAAGAACCUCAUCCUGGAACUGAAGCCUCGCGGUGUAGCCGUGAAUCUGAUCCCAGGCCUGCCAGCCUACAUCCUAUUCAUGUGUCUGAGACAUGCCGACUAUGUCAACGAUGACCAGAAGGUCCGCACUCUGCUCACCUCAACCAUCAACAGUAUUAAGAAGAUACUAAAGAAACGAGGAGAUGACUUUGAAACAGUGUCUUUCUGGUUGGCCAACACCUGCCGCUUCUUGCACUGUCUGAAACAGUACAGCGGAGAUGAGGCUUUCAUGAAGCACAACACAUCGAGGCAAAACGAACACUCUCUGUCCAACUUCGACCUGGCAGAGUACAGACAGGUGAUCAGUGACCUGGCCAUCCAGAUCUAUCAGCAGCUGAUCAAAUGCAUGGAGAACAUCCUCCAGCCCAUGAUAGUCUCUGGCAUGCUGGAACACGAGACCAUCCAGGGCGUUUCUGGGGUGAAGCCCACAGGUCUCCGUAAGCGCACGUCCAGUAUCGCUGACGAGGGAACCUACACCCUGGACUCCAUCCUGCGGCAGCUCAGCGCCUUCCACUCCACCAUGUGUCAGCACGGCACCGACCCCGAGCUCAUCAAGCAGGUGGUGAAGCAGCAGUUCUACAUCAUCGGAGCUGUCACCCUCAACAACCUGCUGCUGCGCAAGGACAUGUGCUCCUGGAGCAAAGGCAUGCAGAUCAGGUACAAUGUGAGCCAGCUGGAGGAGUGGCUCAGAGACAAAGGUCUCAUGACAUGCGGAGCCAAGGAGACCCUGGAGCCUCUGAUCCAGGCCGCUCAGCUGCUGCAGGUGAAGAAGAAGACUGACGAGGACGCUGAGGCCAUCUGCUCCAUGUGCCAGGCCCUCACCACUGCUCAGAUUGUGAAGGUCCUGAACCUCUACACACCAGUCAACGAGUUUGAGGAGAGAGUGUCAGUUGCAUUCAUACGAACCAUACAGACUCGCUUGCGAGACCGUUGUGAGAGUCCCCAGUUGUUGAUGGACACAAAGAUGAUAUAUCCAGUCACCUUCCCGUUCAACCCCUCCUCCCUCGCCCUGGAAACCAUCCAGAUCCCCGGCUCGCUCAACCUGGGGUUCCUCACCCGUGUCUAACCCAAGGCCCUACAGCGCUUUUGGCUUAGUGGUCAUUGUUGGAAUUGCAAGUCACAUGACACCCACUGGCCCCAAAAAGCCCCAUACACAGCCAUCACAAGAGAAAUAAAUACAUUUUUGUGAGCAUCACAAACACUUAAAAUUAGGGUUUGUAUUCACACAAUUUGAGCAAUUAUGUCCAAAAUAUUUAUUGAAAAGUCUCCUGUUGGUAUCCAGUCCUCUGAAUUAUCCCUGGUGUAAAUCUGGACACACACCCCACCACAUGCUGAACUUUCAUCAUGCAUCUGUACAGUACUUACAUCCUCUGAACGUACACAUGCACGCCUACACUUAGGUGCACCCUCUCCGACAAAAACGCACGGAACCCCCAGUCGCUGCCGCUGGUUUAAAUCUGGCUGUAAAACACUUUAAUCCAUCCACUGCUUGUAUAAACGCCUGCCUCUUAGAGAAGCCACAGGACCAGAUCAGUGCAUCCAGUGAUCGCUCUCCAUCGAAACCUGGGUCUGACUUAGUGAUCUCGGCCCUGAUUAGCCCAGCUCCCUCCCCUGUGUUUCAACUAGUGGUUAUGAUAGUCGUUCUUGUCAUCGUCUUGUUCUCUGGUGAGAAUAUACGCACCCAUAGGCGAGAGCAGGCCCCAAAGGAGGUGCUGAGACAAGGAAUAAGUUGGUAACUUGUAGUCUAGCUUGAUACGUUGGGUUUGUACUACAAAGUGAAUUCUGAGUCUUAGUACAAAGCCAGUUGAGUGCUAAUGUUGCUCUCUCCACCCAAUGUUAACGAACCAGGCUUUGUUCUGUAUACUGUCAUUUUACACUUAAACAGUCAAGCCAAGACAGAACUCAUCAUCUGUACUAUAUUAUUUAUACAUAUAUAAAUAUAUAUAAAUAUGAAUAAUAUAUAUCAUGUAUUUUAUUUAUUGCAUUAACCUCCGUCCCCACCCUCCCUUUUUAAGAUUAGAAGCUUCCUCCUUGAAGAAAGAAAAUGCGUCCGAUAUGAAGGAUGGGACCAUCGUUCCCCAAGAUGAACAGCUUUGUAAAGACCGUUUUAGUUCCGUUGUGGGCUGUUUAUGUCAAUACCAGGUAAAUUAUGUAGGAUAGUUUAAGGAGUGCCAGCACAGAUGAUUAUUCGUUAGGUCACUUAACUUAGAGAUGUUGCUUUGUUGUAAUCGUAAACCUGCAUUUCUGGAAGAAGAAAUGUUGCACGGGUUUUAACUGAGGAGAGAUUUCGAAGGUACGAGGGUAAAACUCUGCUGAGGGUUUAACCUGCUACAAUCUUUACUGUUUACAGCUGUGAUUAGAGCCGAGCGUCACAAGGACACACGGGCUACAAAGAUAUACACUACAAUACAACACACAUAUUACACUCUGCUUCCUGCUGUGUCACCGGGGGGGGUUUUCACUCUGAACACUUCCUCCUCUCCUCUUGUCUUCUCUGAUCACAGCUCUAGUCAGAGCUUUGAAAAUGUUUUACUGUCAUCGUUGUGUUAUUAUUUAUUUCAGUAUUGUGAUUUUCUUAAGAUUAUGUGUAUCGUAAAGCCAUGUAUCACUGGGCAGAAUGGAGAGAAACGGUUUCACUGAAGGUGGUUUCGGAGAGUUUGCCACAGAUCUGUCCAGCUUUGCAUUAAUUUCUCUGCUGUACCCUCAAACUAAAACUGACUGCAGACAUGUGGACCGAUUCCUCUCUCGUCUCCUGCCUGUCCACCCCUAUGCCUUCCUGCUUAGUGAUCUUCUAUAACCAAAAAUACUGACAUAGUGAGAGAUUUUUUUCUCUUUGCUGCACAGAUUGUUUUGGUUCAGAUAUCUAGACAUAUUUGCUACAUGCUUUUCUAAGGCUGAGGCUAUCGCACCACAUCAGUCAGUAUGGCUACAGUGUGGUGUACAGCAUGCACUGCUGCUGCUGCCCCCGUCGAACCUGCAUGGGCUUAACUUUACCAGCUACUAGAAAUUAACCCGCAUGCCACUGCUUUUUGUUUUGUUUUGGGGUUUUUUUUACAGUAAAGAAACCGUGGUGUAGCUGAGUCAUUGGAUGAGUGUCAGGGAAUCUGCUCAUGUUUUUAGAAAAAGUCCUUUGUCUUCAGUAAAAAUUGUCCUGGCUGCCUCGUGUUUAUCACUUUUAGUUUACUUACUUUUUUUUGCCCUUAACGUUCGUAGUCAACCAAAUUUGCCUCUUGCCCUCAUGUGAACCUUAUUUUGCCUGAAGACCUUAUCCCCUAAUGAUAAAAUGAUUUUCUUUUAAGGUGCUUACAUACAUAGGAGAUUGUUAAAGGUCACCAAAACAGAACUCAGUAUCUUUUUCUUAAUUUAUUUUUUGAAAGCUUAUUCUUAAAUAGAAAUGAGCCUUCAGAAGCAACAAACCAAGUAAAGAUGCAAAGUAUUUGCAGUAUUGAGAGCCAGGGAAAUCUCAGCGACACAGUACAUGCUGAGAAAUAAAGAUGUUUUAUCUGAAGUGACAUAUCUCAGUAAAUGACCACAAACAAGCCACAGAUGAAAACUAACUGUAAGUGGAAUAAAGAGGGUUUAGUAUGUGAAGUUGUUUUGUGUUGCACUUGUCUUUGAAAAUAAUUUGAUAUCCAUAUGUUGGGACCAUUUUAAUCAAUCUGCCUUUUGUUAUAUUUUGUUUGGAUUUCUUGGUAGUUUAACGUAUGGUCUGUGUAAAGAGUACAUAUCUGAAGAGAGAGACGGUAAUUGAAGGAAUGAAUUAACCAUAUGAAUGUUAAAUAAUGUUAAAUGAAGUGUAUCAUGAUUUUAGCUGCACAUUGUGGACAAAGCCUUAUCUGAAUUAUUUGCUAUCUGAAUGACUUACACACAUUAUCAACAUUGUGGCAUUGUUUUUUUCUGUCAGUGCAGUAUUUUUUUUUCCACUGUAAGAUGAAUUUAAACUGUUAGAUGUGAGCAUUUUUAUUUGAUGAGGUGUCCUGUUGUCCUACAGUUGGUGUCACAGAUGGGUUGCUAUCAAAAUGCACUUUCUAAUCACUGCAGAGGAAGUCGGAUAAAUAACAGAUGGAUAUGGACUGUAAAAAGAAAUACUUCACACUUACGAGCCUCUUUUUGUUUUUCUUUUGAUUUCCAUCUUCUUACACAACUCUGGCCCCUGAAGCUUCUUCUAUCACAUUCCCCGUAUAAUUGGAUGCUUCCUAUUCUUGAUUAGAGAGCUUUUUUUCUUGCUGUUUUAUUAAAAUUAUCGAUGAGUCCAAACCACAGGUAAGAAGACGCACUCUUGUAAGUUUCGUGGCUGCAGCACCAGCCUUCACAGACUCAGACUAUCCCUGUGGAUUGACGUAUUGAGAGCGUAGAAUGGGAAGGCUGGCCUAGUUUCAGAGGAGAAAAAAAACACACGUUCAUUCAUCGGUUUGUAUUGUUGAGCAGAGCUGCAGCGUCUUGCUCCCCUGGGCUUCUCUUGGCCUCUCAGACAGGAGAAAAUGUCAUUUCCUUCACUCUGCAUUUUUACAUCAAGGAGAGAGUUGGUUGUAUGAUAUGACGUAGACAUUAUAAAUUACCAUUGUUCUUAUCAGCACUAGCGUUGAUUGUGCCAUUUUAAAAAAAUUUAAAUUGUGAAAAACAGAAAUAUAUCAUCACCCCAGCUGUUGUGGUACUGGUAUGAACAUGCUGAAGCCAGCACUGAAAUGUUUCCUCUCUAAACCCAUGUGUACAUUUGACAAACUGGACUGUUUGUAGUUUCUGGUAGCUGUGCUUAGUGAAUGUGUUCACCGUUAAGAAAUUAAGAAACUUGGAAUAAAUUGUCAAAUCUGUAAAAGUAAAUAAAAGAAUU